AUGGCUGACAACGACAUUGCGACGCGCGCGCCCGAGAGCGAUGCGCAGGAGAAGCCUCAAGAACAGCCCCAAGAGGCAGCAGAGAGCGUCUUCCCCGGAGACACCAGAGCGCAAGAAGGGCCAAGCAUGGGUGAACACUGCACAACGGAUCGUCCAACACCCUCCGGCGAGAAACCUACCGGCGACCUUACGAAGCUCGGCGGCGUCGAAUGCUACAUCGCAAAACCGGCUGACUACCCACACUCGCCCUCAAAGCUCCUGCUUAUGCUGACAGGCGGCACUGGCGUCAAGUCCACAAACAACCAGCUGCAGGCUGACAAGUACGCUUCGGAAGGCUACCUCGUCGUCAUGCCCGAUCAGUUCGACAACGAUCCAGCGCCGAAUACUGUUGAUAUGACGGAGAUCCCCAAGGAAGCGUCAUGGCUAGAAUCGGUCAAGCUGAGGACUGCAGAGGGCAUCAAGUCAUUCAUGAUUGACAUGUGGCUCGCUCGGCAUACUCCCGAAAAGGUCCUUCCACUGCUUCACAAGGUUGUCGAAAGUGCAAAGGAAGAGUACGCCGAUGCUGUUGCCAACGGUGGAGGCAUUUAUGGCAUCGGCUACUGUUUCGGUGCCAAGUACAUCCUGAUGCUGGCAUCUGAGCUGCCCGACACUGUUGCCUGGGGUCAAGAAACUCAGAAAGAUGAAGAGCAAGGCACUGUCAAGAAAGAGCCCGUUCUCAGGGCCGGCGCUGUUGCGCACCCAACCAUGACAUACAAGGAGGACCUCGAAGCUGUCAAGUCCCCCGUCUACAUUGCCGCUGUCAAAGAUGAUCCCAUGUUCUCGGAAGAAGACGCAUUGACACCAGGUCGCAGAGCCAUGGAGACGAACAAAGUCGAGCAUGAAAUCCAGGUCUUCUCUGGUGUGCCUCACGGUUUUGCUGUCUACGGAGAUUAUGAGGAUGCCAAGAUCAAACAGUCACAAGCGCAAGCUUUUGGUCAAAUGCUGGGCUGGAUACAGUCUCACUAG